UAAUUGUGGUGACAUUAUCAUCAUAUUUGGUGAAUCGUUCGAUGAAAGAAUUGAUGAUGAUGAAUCAAUCAUUAUAGCAGGCUGAUGACGAUUCAUGAUGGCCAUUUUUGUAGCCAUUGAUUGUUGAAUUGGAUGACCAUCUUGAUCAUUAUCGAUAUCAUCUUCGUUUUAGUGAAUUGUUUCUCCUAAGUUAUAUCUUUGUAAAAAUCCAAUUAAAUUUUACAUUUUUUAACAAACAAUCGAAAAACAAUUUUUAGUGAAUUGUUUCUUCUAAGUUAUGAAUUUAUUUUUGUAAAAAUCCAAUUAAAUUUACAAUUUUUAACUAACAAUCGAAAUUUAUCAAUCAUUGAAGACGAAUCUUCAAUAUUGAAGACCGGUCUCCAAAUUUGAUGUUUUUGGUCUCCAAAAUUGGCGAUUACUCUUCAAUAAUGGAGACCAGUCUCCACUUCUCUUCAUUUUUGAAGUCAAGUCUCCAAAUUUGCAGAUUUUUCCCUCCAAAUUUGGAGACUAGUCUCCACACUUUUUUUCUGUGGCAUGGGUGAAAAAAUGUUUGAUUCUGUUGUUUGUUAUGAAUUUUUUUUUCUUGAAAAAAUUUAAAAAUUAUUCUGUUGCAAUAUCUCUUUAUACAUAGAAUUUUUUUGUCCAACUUUGUUUUCAAAAUUUGUUUUUCGGCAAUGACUCUGGAAGAUAUUGAGGAUAUUUAUCAAAACAUUGAUACUACAACCAAUAAAAAUGAUAAUCAUAGCCAUGAAUUCAAGGUAAAAUUAAAUCAUCGAAUUUAUCGAAAAGAGAAUGAAGAAUCUAAUGUCGUUGAUGAUUACAAUGAUGACAAUUCAUCUAUUGAACCUUAUCAGAAUUUUUUACCUGCCAAAUAUUCGAUUUACGUACACACAUGGGGUUGUACACAUAACAGCAGUGAUAGCGAAUAUAUGAUGGGCAUAUUGGCACAGAAUGGUUAUCAAAUUGUUCAAGAUAAAGAAAAAGCUCAACUUUGGAUAUUAAAUUCAUGUACGGUAAAAACACCGGCCGAAACUCAAUUCCGUAAUGAGAUGAAAAAAGCUUUAUCGAAAGGUAAAAAAUUAGUCCUUGCUGGAUGUGUGGCACAAUCGGAUUAUCGUUUGCCAUAUUUAAAAUCGAUGAGUAUCAUUGGUGUUCAACAGAUUGAUAAAGUUGUAGAAGUGGUGGAAGAAACAUUGAAAGGAAAUGUUGUUCGUUACUUGACUGUACGGAAAAAAGAUGGUCGCAAAACUGGUGGUGCAUCACUUCAUAUGCCUAAAAUACGACGAAAUCCUUUAAUUGAAAUUAUUUCGAUCAAUACUGGUUGUUUAAAUGAAUGUACCUAUUGUAAGACUAAACAUGCACGUGGUAAAUUAGGUAGCUAUUCAAUCGAAGAUAUUGUCGAACGUGCACAAACAGCUUUCAAUGAGAAUGUUAAAGAAUUAUGGAUUACAAGUGAAGAUACUGGUGCAUAUGGUAAAGAUAUUGGUAAAAGUUUACCGGAAUUAUUGGAUCAAUUAAUUAAAGUGGUGCCCAAUGAUUGUAUGAUACGUGUAGGUAUGACUAAUCCACCAUAUAUAUUGGAACAUAUAGAAAGUAUGGCAAGAAUUUUAUCACAUCCACGUGUCUAUUCAUUUCUACAUAUUCCGGUUCAAUCCGGUAGUGAUCAAGUUUUAUCCGAUAUGAAACGAGAAUAUUGUAUCGAAGAUUUUUGUACUAUUGUUGAUUUUCUCAAACAAAGAGUCAAAGGAAUUACCAUUGCCACUGAUAUAAUUUGUGGAUUUCCUACCGAAACUGAAAACAAUUUCAAUGAAACCGUAUCAUUAGUAAAUAAAUAUCGAUUUCCCGUAUUGUUUAUCAAUCAAUUCUUCCCUCGUCCUGGAACACCAGCAGCCAAAAUGAAAAGAGUACCUACACUAGAGGUAAAACGUAGAAGUCGAAUAAUAUCUCAGCUAUUCAAUUCCUAUUAUCCUUAUAAUGAUCGUAUCGGUCAUAAAUAUCGUGUACUAGUGACUGAAUUAUCUACAGAUAAAAAAUUCUUUGUCGGUCAUAAUAAAUUCUAUGAACAAAUAUUGAUAGCUAAACAUCAAUGUCAAUUAGGCGAAUGGAUCGAUGUGGAAAUUGAAUCUGUAGGAAAAUAUCAUAUGAUGGCAAAAACAUUAUGGCGACGAUGGUUAAUGAAUCGAAUUCGAACCACAUUGUUAAUGGGCAAUGCAAAUAAUGAUAAUGAUUCAACAAAAAUGAUACGAAAAAUUUGGCUUUCAUCUUGUACCAUUAUACUUGUAUCAUCCGUUUUAUAUAAAAUUUAUCGGAAAAUUGUUUGAUAAUAUUUUCUUUUUGUUUUCAAAAACUUUUUCUCUUUUUUUCUGGCAUUUUUACCACCAUUAUAAUCGUUGACAAAUGA